AGAGAGAGCGAGAGAGAGAGAGAGAGAGAGAGAGAGAGAGAGAUGGAAAUUUGCUGGAUAAGAUAUAAUCAGAUGGAAAUAAAAACGCGUUAUAUCUCCUAUUUUAAUUGAUUGAUUGUCUCUUUCAGGACACACACACACACACACACACACACACACACACGAUUUUAAAAUCUGCAAGACAACAUUUAAUUUCAGGGUUUUGACUAUUAAAUAAAUAAAAAAAAAUAAUCUAAAUAUCGCUACAAUAAUUUUAAAGAGAGCGACAUAAAAUAAAAAAAAUUUAAAAUCCAGCCAGCACAGAAGUCCGGUAUGACAUAUCAGUACAGUGACAUACGGAUGCCCGUGUGGCCACACUAAUUAUUGUCAGCGGCUGCUGGGAGUGAUAUGGACUCGCAGAGAAAUGCAACGUCCUGCCCUUCUACAUCUUGAAUAGUGGGAGUCAUGAACCGCUGCAAGGUGACGCGUCCUCUGAUUUCCACCGAAACUUCAACCUAAGACACGGCCCCGCGUUAUUUAUCACCAUCCGAACCCCCUCCAUCUCUCUCUCCCUCUCUCUCUCUCCGUCCGUCCUUAUCAAAACAUCGGGGAUCGGGACCAUCUUGCGCAGUGGUACGGGCGAGCGGAGCAAGGCGGCGGCGGCGGCGGCGGCGGCAGCAGCGGCGGCGGCGGCGGCGGCGGCCACUCCGGGGAAUGUCGACUGUCCGUCAGUCCUGACAUCGGCCCUCUUUGUGAUCCUCGGACAGCAGGUCCAUGUGUGGUCAGUGAAGUGUCCUGGAGAACAGUAUGGCAGUGUAUCAGUUGAGCGUCUGGGUGAGAUGAGUGUCGCCUGCAAGCAAUGUGAGCGCCACUGACAAACAGGCACAGCUAUUCUCCAUACCAGACCUCCACUUCAAUCACCAGCCAAUCAAAUGCACCCAGACAAUAAACUGGCCAAUCAUGGCAAGCAGGUCACCAGUGACAGCCGAUCCCAGAUACCCAGUGUAAACCAGCAGGCUCAGCAGCAGCAGGGCGCUGCUGGCCACCUGGGUCCAAAGGGCGUCGGUGCCGGGAGCCAUGGAGUCAAAACCAACCAGAUUACCCCCGGCAACCCUGGGCUGAAGGCUGUCAGCCAAUCGGUGAGCAGUGUUGGAGGGAUGCUGAAAACCAAAUCCAAGCGGGAGCGGAGCGUUUCCAUUGACUCUGGUGAAUCAAGAAAUGCCAUUCCUCCAACACUGGAGACGGAUGCCAAAGGAGAGGGUGUCAUGCGCAGUAAACGGCGCUGUGUUCUAGAGAAGAAACAGCCAUACAGUGGAGAUGAAUGGUGCUCUGGACCUGACACAGAGGAAGAUGAAGACAAGCCACACUCUGCGACCCACCGAGAGCGUGUGCUGGCAGGUCCUAUCCAGGGACUCACUGAGCGGCUGUCUGCAGGGCCCAUGUCUGAAUCUGGGGGUCCUGUAAUGGCAUGUGGAGUGGGACCAGGUCUAAAGGCAGAGCCAUCUCAGCCUUCACAGCAAGUGGUGUAUGUUUUCACAACCAACCUAGCCAACAGUGCUGCAGAGGCAGUAAUGAAAGGACAGACUGAUUCCAUCCUUCUGUUUCACCAGCAAAAUGUUCCACGCACCAAGUUGGAGCAGGGCCACCCAUCAGGGAAGCUUCCUAACCUAUCUGAGAAGGUAAACUCCAGCGGCUCUCCGCCCGUAGGCACCCCUAAAUCCCAAAGUGGAACUCCACGGCCGGCCUCUGCAGGAGUUGGUGGCCCAUUGCAUCCUGCAGGGACACCAUCUUCAGCAGGACACUCUGAUAAUGAAUCCUCUCAGACCAGACCUGGUGGAGCCUCCAGCAAUAACAGCAUCAUUGCCCAUAGGUCAGAGGGGGGGGGCAGGGCCACACCUUCAGGCCCAGUCCCAGGAACUGGAGAUGGGGAUGGUGCAGGGAGUAUGACUCUUCCUGUUGCUACUGUUUCUCCCUCGGUGAGUCCCUCCAUCCUAUCUGCACACCUACAGAGUGAUACAGGCCAGAGGAGUGGCCCAGGGAACUCAGAUGGCCUCUCCAAAGAGCAGCUGGAACACAGGGAGCGUUCUUUGCAGACGCUGAGAGAUAUAGAGAGGUUGCUUCUGCGCAGUGGGGCAAGUGGAGGACCUGGAGAGACAGGAGGCCCUAAUAACAAUGCUAGUAAUAACUCCUCCAACCUAAAUAAUAACAACAAUACUGAUAGGAGUGGUAUUCUCGAAGACAGUGACAAUGGUACUAAUAACUGCAGUAGUGGUAAUAUGCUAUCGUCAGCCUUGGCUCCGAUUGGGGGGAUGAAGAGGUUUGAAGAACCCCUCCAGUCCAUAAUUUCUCAAACACAGUCCCUUGGUGGACCGGCCAUUGACGGCCCUCAAAUGGACUCUCACCAUAACCUACCACAACACCCCCAUCACCAGCUGUCUUCACCUGGGGUUGACAUGGGUCCUUUACUUGGACCAGACGGGCUGACACCAGAGCAAAUGGCAUGGAGGAAACUUCAAGAAGAAUACUACCUAGAGAAGAGACGGCAACAGGAAAUGCAACCCCACACACACCCGCAGCACUUUAGAAUGAUGACCGAGAUGGGCAUGCAUGGAGGUCCUAUGAUGAUGAGAGGACCCCCUCCUCCUUACCACAGCAAGCCUGGAGACCAGCAGUGGGGUCCAGGCAAUAUGAUGGGAGGAGGAAUGGGUGGAAAUCCGCGAAUGAUAGACAUGCACCAAGAUGGACCCCGUGGUCCAAGGUUCCUGGGACAGAUGCAGAGGGGGCCACCUGGGGGAGGUGGUUUUCCUGGUAGUACAGGUGGAGUUUUAUCAGUUGAGGGUCUAGGACCCCAAAGACCUACCAGGCCAGGGAUGAUCUGGCUAGAUGAUAUGCCAAACAACAUAGGUGGUGGAGGUCCCUUUCAUGGCUGCUACCCGGGUGGACCUCCUCAGCACUUACAAGGUGACCCAGAACAUCCGUUAGCGCAUGAGGAAAUGUUGCGCAUCAUGGAGAAACGGCAGAUGCAGGGCCUUCCAAGGUUUGAACUUGACAGAUUAGCUAAACAGCAGCAACAGGGCAACCUUGGUUCAAGAAUUAUGGACAAUCCUGGCGGCCCAGACUUUCCUAAUUUGGGAAUGGGCCGUGGCCCACCCUCCUCUCGAGGUGAUCUUAUGGACUUCCCUGGCUCCCGGGAGAUUAUGGGCUCUCCUGGAGGGGGUCCUCAGAUGAGAGACUUGGUGGAUUCUCCUUUGGGGGGCAACCUCACAAUGAACAUGAACCAACAGAUGAAUGUUCAGCAACAACAGCAGAUGAUGCUAUCUCAGAAGCUCCGAGGAGGUCCUGCUGGAGGGGGGCCUUUGGGUGAAAUGUUUAGUCCUGGAGAGAUUUCACGAAUCAGGGCUUCACAGAAUGGAAGAGGAGGAAAUAAGGGGAUGAUCCCAGGACCUGAUGGCCCCUUCCAGUUUCCCAAUCAAGGCCCCUUCUCUGGAGGACAGGUGGAAGGACCCUAUCUUCAACAACCUGGCCCUGAUAUGUUUGGGCCUGACCAACAAGGUCCUAAUCAAAUGGGAGUUACAUCACGGCUUAGUCAUAUGCCUAUGACUGGAGGCCUCAGGGGAGCAGACCUCAGUCCUAGGCACCCCUCUGACCUAUCAAUCAAUGUUAACCCCCUGAACUCUCCUUCAGUGCCUCCUCAUCAGCUCAAGUCUCCAUCGCUCAACCCAGAGCCAUCAACUCUUUUACCUUCCCCCUCCGCUCAAGGACUGAAGUCACCCUCACAGAUCUCUUCUGCAGGGCAUCACCCCCCUCUUCCCCCUGCAUCUGGUGCUGGGACUCCUUCCUCUUCUUCCAUGAAAUCUCCCCAGGUAAUGGGGUCUUCCAACCUUGUGUUGCACUCUCCAUCUGCCUCUCCUGGACGACUCAAGUCCCCAGCCAUGGCUGUGGGUUCUCCAGGGUGGGCGUCUCCUAAAACAGCUCUUCCAAGUCCAGGUGGUCCAACCAGUGGUAAGAUAGUGGGCAACGGAGGAAGUAUUUCCACUGAAACAGGCCAAUCACUUCCCCCCAGGAGCUCCAACUCUACCCCCAUUAGCCAACCUGGAUCUAUGAAUCCUAGUAUGCCAUUUACUUCCUCUCCCAAUGCCCUUCCAUCUCAGAAUCCUUUAUCUCUUAUCAUGUCCCAGAUGUCCAAGUAUGCCAUGCCUAGUUCCACUCCUCUCUACCACGAUGCAAUCAAAACUAUUGCCACUUCCGAUGAUGAGAUGCUGCCCGAUCGACCUCUACUAUCUGGUGUCAGCAUUGGAGGAAACAUGGGGAACCCCCAGACCUCCCAGAUACUUGUCUCCCAGGGCUCCAUUGGUCCCCACAGUGAUCCACAAAGCCCCAUGGGUAUUGUAAGCCAAGGUCAGCAGCACCUGUCCCAUGAUGCCUCAGGACCUGUGCUUUCUUCCCCAAACCACAUGGGCAUGCCUGCCAUGAAUUCUGCCAUGAUGGGAGGAGGCGUGUCUGACGGACUGGGGCCCUGCAAUGUUUCACCUAUAUCUCAGAACCAGAUGGCAGGUUUUUCUCGCAUCCAGCAACCACCUCACGGGCCCAUGCACUCACCUAUUGGAGGAAUGUCACAAAAUUUCUCUCAGUCUAAUGAGGAUAUUCUACCACCUCAACAGUUACACCUGCUUAGCAAAGGUCAUCAUCUCCAACGCCCCCCUCACCCUUCAGACUCAUUUGGCUCUUUGCCCAUGGGGGAUGGCCCGGAUCUAAGUGAAGUCAUACGACCCACUCACACAGGCAUCCCUGAGUUUGAUCUCUCCCGCAUCAUUCCUUCUGAUAAGCCCAGUAGCACGCUUCAAUAUUUCCCAAAGAGUGAGCCACAUCAAAAUCCACACCAGGGGCCACCAUCCCAGCAACCUACUCCACAGCAGCUCCUCAAACAGCUGUCUUCUUCUGGCCCUCCACACGGCAGCGGCCCUUCAUCAAACCCACAUUUAGCAAACUUACAGAAUAUGAUGGCUGAACAGCAGCUGCCACCUCACCCCUCACAUGGUGGAAUACGCCAAAGCAUGGGCAUUCCUCAGGGGGGCUCUAGGGGUAUGGUUUCUGGUGGGGGCAUGGGCCCCAUGUGCCCUCCUGGACAUAUGAUGGGAAGGACAGGCAUGGUGCCCCAGCAGCAUCUCCAGCAACAGCAAGCCAUGAUGGCGAACAGCCUUCUCCAUCAUUCUUCCAAUCCAUAUCCUGGCAUGAUGUCCUCCCAGCAGCACCCACACAAUCUGAUGGCACAGCAGAACAUUAUGAUGAUGCAGGCUAAGCAGCGAAGCAUGUCAAUUCCAGGGGAUCCUUUUGGCCCCCAGGGUCCUCUAAUGUCCCCUCAGGGUCCCAUGAUGGCCCCUUCACACCCACAGUCUGGUAUGAUGGGCCCCCAGUCUCUCAGACAGCGUGGAAUGCCUCUGGACAGUCCUAUUGGUUAUGGCCCUGGAGGUAUGGCUAAUAUGCCUUUCUGAUCCAGCUCACAUGAACUGUACAAAAAAAACAAAAAAAACAAACAAACAAAAAAAAUGUGUCUACUAGGUUACCUUCCCAUUGUGUCCAAGUUUUUUCAUUAAUGUUAUUCUUGGAGUUGUUUGAAAAGAGGAACUGUAAAACAAUAAAUCGGUGAUGCUCCUCCAAUUUUGGGUUACAACUGAUUUUAAAAAGAUUGAAUAUUUAAAAGCACUGUAACACAGUUCAUAACAAAUCUGAAGCCAUUUUCUAAAAUACUGUAAAAUAUGUAUAUUUCAAAGAUGUGUGUAUUUGUUGUGGGAACAGAGUGGCAGUCAGGAGAGGAGUGCCUCAAAUUUCUAUUUGUUUUAAUAUCAUUGAUUUAUUUUCUCCAACUACCAAACUGUUGUGCAAAGGAAUUAUAUAUAUAUAUAUAUAAUAUAUAUAUAUACUUGCUGUAUAUAAGAUGCAAUUUGUGAUUGUUUGCAGUUGUUCUGUAUAACUGUGUUUUAAUAGAAGUCUAAAAAUAGAAUAAUACUGAUCUCUAA